AUGCACCCUCGCUCGCUGACAAUAAUCAUACUAGCAUACUUUGACCUUCCAAUACCCAAAGAUGCGCCGAUUGAGCUACGUCCUACGCCUGGCAAAGGAUGGGGUCUUUUUGCCACUAGAGAUAUUCAACGUGGAUCCCUUAUCAUGAAAGAAAGAGCGUUGUUCGUCAUCCAGAAGGCGUCUGAAAAUAUUACAGAGCAAGUUAUCAGCAAUGCCGUCAAGAAACUGGGCGACCCCCAGAAGCAUAUCUUGGCUUGUCUGUCAGGCAAUAAACCACGCAAACUAUCAAAUGGUCUGAUGAGCAGUGGACCGCUAAAGCUUGCAAGGAUCUGGGGGGAAAAUUGCUUCUCGCUUGAAACCGGCGUGGAGCAACGACUAUUCGGAAAUUAUAUUGAGGAAAAACGAUGGGGUCUGUUUCCUUGCCAUUCACGUUUCAAUCAUUCAUGUCAAGAGAACGCCUUUGUUCCCGAGUCACAAUCAGAGCCGGGGGUUGGAAGAAAUUCUACAUCCAGUUUUGCAGUGAGAGACAUCGCUGCUGGAGAAGAGAUCACUAUCGGUUACCAAAACGGGUUUCACAGUCACACUAUGGAUGAGCGUCGCCGAUUGCUUACAUUUGAAUGUCGUUGUACGGUUUGUGAUAGAGCUUCAAAAGACCGCAAUUUCAGACAGGUCAGUGACAUGCGGCGGAGAUUAAUGAGAGGGUUGGUUUAUCUCCUGGACAGCAUAGAUGAGAACAGCGAGUACGACGACGACAAUUCACCGCACUUUAAACCAGUCAUAUGCGAUCCCGUCAUGCGUAAAGCAGCGGACAACUGUGACUUCCCCCUAAGCACUAGACUGAUAUACGAUCUGUUACUAGUAGCCCUCAAAGAGGCAGAAGGAGUUUUGGAUGCCGAAGGAGCAGCCUACACCUGGACUCAUGUGUGGCGUAGGGCUAACUCGUUCGGCACAGCGGAAAAUCGAAGAAUCGCCAAGCUGGAUGUACAGCAAAAGACAUGGUCUGAGAGACUCGGAAUGGCUUUCCAACUUGAUGGGCGAGCUGAUGCGGCUGAUUAUGCCCAUACAUUGGCCUACAGGCGAGUGAAAGGGAUUGAGAUUUAA